AGACGGGCGGCGGGACUCCAGUUGGCUGUGCGCUCAGACGCAGCAGCAGCGCGGCAGCAGCAGCAGCAUCCUACUGGCUGGACUCGGGGAGGACGCACGCUGUCAGACCGGAUCUCCUGAUCCUGUUAGUCUCUUGUGUCCUGCUGCAUUUGAGCGGACCAGUCCGAACGGGAAAGCGGGAGAAAACAAAACGAAAAAAGAAAACACUCAAAAAGCGUUUGAGCUGCGAAUACUAAAAAAGUGAUAGAAGCUGGACACUUUUUCCCUGUUCGUUUGGUUUCCUUUUUGGGUGGAUUUAUUGUUCGUAUGAGUCGAACUGGGAUCUGUUCUCCACAGCGGAGCGCACGCCGCGUCUGGUCCAUGGAUUUCUAUACUUCUCUGGGAAUUAAACUGCGUCGCUUUUGAGUUUCUUUCAUUUUCUUUCGACGCGGGUUGUUGUUCGGCACCAUGAUCUUCGCACUAUUGUAUUUUCUGCCUCUUUUAGAUGUGCUGAGCUGCGCGGAGGAGAACCUGCGCGCCGGUGCCUCUCGACUGGACUGCGUGCGGGCCAGCGAGCAGUGUCUGCGGGAGCAGGCGUGCAGCACCAAAUAUCGCACGAUGAGGCAGUGCGUGGCCGGUGCCAAGGAGAGCAACUUCAGCCUGGUGGCCGGCGGGGAGGCCAGGGACGAGUGUCGCAGCGCCAUGGAGGCGCUCAAGCAGAGCCCGCUGUACAACUGCCGGUGCAAAAGGGGCAUGAAGAAGGAGAAGAACUGCCUGCGGAUUUACUGGGGGAUCUAUCAGACGUUACAAGGUAACGACUUCUUGGAGGAGUCUCCGUACGAACCGGUGAACAAACGUCUGUCAGACAUCUUCCGACUGGCUCCCAUCCUGGAGGGUGGGGAACCAUGGAGCAGCUCUGCCACUUCAGCUCCAGGCAGGGGGGCUGCCCAGGGCAGAGUGUCCCAGGCAAAAGAGACUAUUCUGGGCAGAGGGAGCCCCUCCACGGAGCUUCAGGAUCCCAGUAGAAACAGGAGGGCUCAUCCCAACUGGGCCAUAUUGGGAGAGCCGGCGGUGGCCCGAGAGAACAACUGCCUGACGGCGGCCAAGGCCUGCAACUUGAACGAUACGUGCAAGAAGUACCGCUCAGCCUACAUCAGCCCCUGCACCAGCCGCGUCUCCACCGCAGAGAUCUGCAACAAAAGGAAGUGUCACAAGGCACUGCGGCAGUUCUUUGACAAGGUUCCUCCAAAGCACAGCUACGGCAUGCUGUUCUGCUCGUGCCCUGUCAGCGACCAGACGGCGUGCUCCGAACGCAGGCGUCAAACCAUUGUCCCUGUCUGCUCGUACGAGGAAAAGCAGAUGCCAAACUGUCUGGAACUGCAGGCCUCCUGUAGGACCAACUACAUCUGCAGGUCCCGACUGGCUGACUUCUUUGUAAACUGCAUGUCGGAGCCUCGCUCGCUGUCUGGCUGUCUGAAGGAGAACUACGCUGACUGUCUCCUGGCUUACUCCGGCCUUAUUGGCACCGUGAUGACCCCCAACUACCUGCGCUCCCCCAAAAUUAGCGUCUCCCCUUACUGCGACUGCACCAACAGUGGCAACAACAAAGAUGACUGCGACAAGUUCACAGAGUUUUUUACGGAGAACACCUGCCUCCGUAAUGCCAUCCAGGCCUUUGGGAACGGAACAGACAUUGGGAUGUGGCCGCCGAUAUCUCCCGUUCAGACUACCACCUCCAUUACCACGCCCUACCAAAGAAACCGCGAACGCAUCCCCAACAACAUAGACAACCACAUCAACGCCGACUCCAGCCUCUACCACUUCUGUGGCAACUUACAGGCUCAGAAACUACAUUCAAACGCCACUGUUGAUGUCUGUUCAUCUGAUCCCCAGGCUCCAAAGGUAGAUGGUCCAAGCGCGUCCAACGCCAUCCUGCGAGGCUCGGCCGUCAGACAGGCUGUGGGUGUCACCUCCCUGCUGCCCCUGCUGCUCUACUUCGGAGUCCAGGGCUACUUGUAGCCCUGCUGUCAGAAAGCUGCAAAUUAUGGACUGAGAAACUCAUAUUUGUAUAAAAGAAAGCAAAAAAGGAGAAUGAUAUCCUUUCUUUUUCAGUACCUUCUGUUGUACUUUUGUUGUCCCUGGAUCUUUUCAUUUACACUUUUGUUAACCGAUCUGUUGGUUUUUGCAUUGCAGCAUAAUGCUAAAAUGGUGAUUUAUUAGACAUUUUGACUUCAUUCCAGCUGGUUUGGUCAGAAACGUAGAUUUGAAGCCACUUACAAAUGCCACUUGAACAGGAAAAUGUGACAGAAUAAGGACUAUGUUCCACUGAUGGAUGAGCGAAGACCCUUGAAACACAGUGUAAAUUAACAUCAGUUUUCAGAGUUCCCCAUUCAAGUUUUCACCUAUUUCUGUUUGCGUGUUGAGGCUUUUUGGUGGGAUCAUUUUCUUAAGAGUCACAGUAAGUUCAGUAAAGCUACAAUCCAUCACCGAGGCAACGUUUUUUGUUUGGUGUUGUUCAGUCUCCUUUGUAAUUUGUGUAUGUUUUGAUAAUGAUGUGAUCUGGUUGUUUUACAUUUUUAUGAGCUUACCUAAAGACUCAACUGCACAUCACCUGCUUCAAAACAGCGGAAAAGUUUCAAAGGCCGGACUCAGAAAUGUCUUUGCUUUAUUUCAUACUGAACACAAACGUCAGCUGAUAAGGAAAAUAUCUACAAUAGCAAUGACUACAGAUGAUACUUGAUGGAACUAUUUCAUUUGAAUCAGUCAGUAAUGAUGGGAAUAUAAAAUACUUGCUUUAACUGUACAAACAGCUUUAGCUUUAGCUGGAGUUGAGCAUUGAGUCAACUUUCAUCUGUUUUUCUCCCACCAUUAUCUUAUGUGAAACUAUGUCUGCUCUGUAUAAUUUCCAAAAAAUUUCAGAAAAAAAGUUUAAAAAAGAAAGUGACAUUGAACACAUACAGUGUCUGGUUCCUGCCACAGGAAAUCACAAACCUUGUUUUCCAUUCUACACCUCGUUCCCAGCUUGUGUUCAGGAUUUCGCCUCGACACGCUGAGCUUCUCUCUCUGACUGUUUGUUGCUCCUGCGGGAGCGUUAAAAUCUCGCUGCUUUGGUUCAUGUAGCUAAUCAGAACACAAUUAACGUAUCGUAGAACCUCAAUGUUAUUUACCGAGCAUAAACAUGGUAUAUGCACUGUAUGUACUUGGCUGAAACACUUUUGAAUCGGACAAGUUGAUGUCUUCUAAUAUUCUCUUUCAGAGCAUUGUGAACUGUUUCAAUUUUCCAAUUCAACUUAAAGUACAACAAAUACGCCAGAAUAUAGUUUUUUUUAUGACAAAUGUAUAUUUCUCUGUAUGUAUAUGAUUAUGGAGUAUUAUUGCAUCUGAGAAAGAGGCUAACCCUCUCCUUGUAGUUAAAGCAUAUUGUUUGAAUGAUAAAUCCCAUUUACAAAGUUGCUGAAAUGAGCUGUUAGUUUCUUUUGUUGGCUAAGAUUGACAAUUAUUUUUCUAACUUUUAUUUACUGGUUUGCUUUUAUUUUUAAGAGCUGAAGUGAACCCAUCAUGUCCUAAAACUGCUACAAGGAGAUAUUGUAUUUAUUUCUGAUUUUUCUCCAAAAUUAAUUACAAAGGUAGGCAAAAGGGAAAACUGAUUGGUGUAAAAAAUAAAAAUAAAAAAAAAAGACUAUUUCAUAAUGCACCAGAAUUUGACAUGGAAACUCCUUUUAAAAAGGUUUGGAUGACACAAUUUAUUAAAAGUUGGCUCAUAAUAAAGUUUUCACUCUGAACCGAUUCUAAGAAGGUUUCUGAAACUUAAAUUUUAAAUCCUAAUGCCUCUUCAGAUUAUGGGAGGUCAGAUUUUUAUUUUUAUUUUAUUUUUUUAUAAUGGUUCAUCUGAUACAGACUGAAGACGGUAAACAUGUUUGAAGUUUACCACCAUCCCAUCUGUUGUCUGAAAGGACCAGAAGUUACCCUUACCUGUCUGACAUUGUUUAGCUUGUGAAAAUGUAAAAAUCUACUGUACAAACCUUCUAAUUAAAAACUGUUACUUCACUCAA